UCUGCCCUCUAGUUUAGUACCACCGAUUCCGUCGAAGAGUUACGUUCGCCUGGGGAUUGAUUACAAUGUCGUUCGACUAUUCAGAUUUAAUUAAUAAGUCCGGGGGAUUGAAAUCUCCACCUGCAGAGCUUCUCCAACCACUUGUUGUGCCUCAGGGGCGAAUGCUCUUCAGCCCCGGCCCCAGCAACUGCUCCCCGAGGGUGUUGGAGGCCCUCAGGAAUCCCGUCAUCGGACACCUCCACGCGGAAAUAUUAAAGAUGAUGGACGAGAUCAAAUUGGGUAUCAAGUACGCCUUUCAGACUGAUAGUAGAUUGACACUGGCGAUAAGCGCGGCGGGACACGCGGGCAUGGAGGCGUGUCUUGGAAAUUUACUUGAACCCGGAGAGACUGUUUUGAUUGUCAAAGGAGGAAUUUGGGGGGACAGAGCUGCGGAUAUGGCUACCCGAGUUGGUGCACAUGUGGAGCUAUUGACAACAGAGCUAGGAGUUGCAUUCACCCUAGAUGAGCUCGAGGUCGCCCUGAAGAGGUUCAGACCGACAGUCGUAUUUUGCACACACGCUGAGUCCUCCACGGGAUUGAAACAACCGUUGAUGGGGGUUGGAGACCUAGUGCGCAAGUAUGACGCACUGUUGAUUGUUGACACUGUCGCCUCACUCGGCGGGGAUCCUUUCUUCAUGGACGCGUGGAGCAUCGAUGCUGUGUACACAGGGAGUCAGAAAGUUCUCGGGGCACCGCCGGGAAUCACUCCGGUGUCAUUUGGACCCAGGGCAGAAAAAAAGAUAUUAUCCCGAAAAUUCAAGGUACCAGUCUACUACUGGGACAUGAAACUCCUGGGGAACUACUGGAGCUGUUUCGACGAGCCUCAGCGCAAUUACCACCACACGAUAAGUGCGACACUGGUGUAUGGAUUGCGCGAGGGGCUGGCCCAGUUGGCUGAGGAAGGGCUCGAGAACUCCUGGAGGAGACACCAGAAGGCAGCUGAGUUUCUGAGGAAGGGUCUCACCAAAUUGGGGGUCAAGUUCUUUGUCGAUAAUCCUGACCAUCGAACGAAUACUGUCACGUCGUUCUGCCUGCCCGAGGGGGUGGACGGGAGGGUCGUCAUCAGAAGAUGUCUCGAGAGGUUUAAUGUCGAAAUUUCUGGCGGAUUGGGUCCAACUGCUGGAAGAUUGUGCAGAAUUGGAACAAUGGGGGUCAAUGCGAACCCCGAGAGGAUCGCCGUGGCGCUCAGGGCCCUAGAAGAGGCUGUAAACUUCGCAAAAUCUCAAAGCAAACUCUGAGAAACUAAAAAAACACCUCAGAAUUACGUCAAAAAUACUCAACUCAUUGUGACUCUAGUUUAGGGUAAUUAAUUUUUUUGUUUAAAAAACAAUACGAAGAUUAUAAUUUUUAAAAUUUUUUAUUCAAUGAAAAAUACUGAAAUCGGCGUACACUUUCCUCAUAAUAAAUCCAUAAUAAUUUUUCCACUCCCUUUUACGUAUAUCUGCCACCUUUCGUCGUCUCAACAUUCAGAAAAAUAGAUAGAGUAAACGAAACAAAAAAUGAGUGAAGGACAAAAAUAAUAAUAUUACGUAAAAAUCUAUUUUACCAUCAGAUUAAUUGUGACAAUGGUACAGUAGCCCUUAACUACAUUAUUACAAUUUCUUUUACAAUUUCUUAUGCUUGUAAUCAUGUCAGCGAGUAUGUAAGUAAAUUUUUCAGAUGUCAAUAAAAAAAUUUUUUAUACAA